UGAUGUUCAACUUCCACCGAAGAAGUUGUUGGGUAAUAAAGAUCCUGUGUUUCUACUCAAGCGUCGAAAGGACUUAGAAUCCUAUCUGCAGAGUACAUUCCACUUCCUGUCUAGAAACCUUCCUGCUUCUUUAGCAGAAUUCUUGGACUUGUACAAGUACGAUGUCGAUUUCAUUCUUCACAAUCUGGCGAGUCAAGCAUACCAAAGAGAGUUAGAUCUGAGCAUUAUAAAUAUUGAAGAGGAUUCUCCUGAUGGUGAUAUAUCCACUCAUCCAGUCAUUCAUUCAACAACCCUUCCACCCACUCAAUCAAAUAUCACUUCAUUCACUCCACUAGAAAUGUUCAGUAUUAGCCAAAGAUUGAAACAUCCAUGCCCGCCCUCGGAUCCGGAUUCUAAAAGGUUUGAUUUUACGAAUGUUGUUGAUGAGUGCUGUAGGCUGGAAUCUCUGAAUGUUGUUGGCUCCAACAACAACCUUGGAGCCAGCAACAUCGUUCCCAACGAUCUUCAAUUCGACUUCUUAGCGUUUAAAAGUUUGAGAAAACUUGUUCUUGAGAAUAUACGGUUUGACUCUGAGCACAUCACUUCUCUAGGCAUUCUUAGGAACACACUAAUGGAGUUAACAAUAAAAGAAUCCGGAGUUAAAACCAUUUCUGAAAUACUUCUGUGUGAUACUGCAUACAAUCCUGCAGAUCUUAACCUAAGUGGAGCUCACAUGUGGCCGAAUCUUCUCUGCUUAGAUUUGAGUGACAAUAAAAUCACUGGACUGGAUCGAUCAAUUCGAUACGCACCAGCAAUAGACACUCUAGUGUUAGACAAUAAUACAAUAGACAGCUUAGAUAAUUUGACUGGACUACCAAGAUUACGCCGCCUUUCUCUUGUUAACAAUAACUUAACUAUUACUCAGGAUCUUCACACUGUACUGGGACAGAUAACUCACAUAGAUCUGAGUCGAAACAAUAUUUCUUCCCUUCAUCCAUUCAAGAAAUUAUACUCACUGCAGGAUCUGAACGUAAGUCACAACCAAGUUGAGGAUCUGGAUGAAGUAUUUAUUGUGUGCUCCCUUCCUUGUCUGGAUAAUCUCAACCUGGGACAUAACAAGGUUAACAACAAGGUCGACUACAGACUGAAAACAUUAGAAGCCAUCGGAACAAGAUGUCGAGAGAUCAGAUUAGACGGAGAAAUGGCAACUCAAGCAGAAUUAGAUAAGGUUAGUGUGCUGAUGGCUCUACGCGUGACACGGGAGAAACGGUGUCCAACCUCAUUGUUUGGAAAUCUUCCAAACUCAGAACAGUGGCAACUCUAGCUUAUCUACUCUCUUCCCUCUCUCAAAACAACUAUAAAUCUGACCCAUAACCAACCCCCUCUUGAAACGUAAUACUCCAAAAAGUCAAAUUUUGUUAUUCUUAAAAUUUCAACUAAAUUUUUUAGACACGCAUUUACUGCAUAACAAUUUUUAUGUAUGACACAAUUACGCAUUUAUUA